AUGGCGGUUUUAUCCAUAGACAUAGUAUUACUAGACUGGGCAUUCGAGGAGUGGGGAUUCCCAGGAAAUAUUGAAAGACGAGAAAAAUGGUUUCGUAGCAUUGGUUAUACUGUCAAUGCUUACGAGAAUAAAAGAAUUUGCAGUGAUCAUUUCACAGAAAAUGAUUAUUAUAUUUGUGAUAUACGCUUUCAAAAUCCUUCCAAAAGAUUGAAGAAAACUGUAAUUCCGUCUAUUUUCACACAAACAUCAGACGAUAAUACGAAAGAGUAUUCAAUAAUUGAAAUGCAACAUAAUAAAAAUGAUUCAGUCAUGGACAUCCACCGUGAAUCUUCAAUGGACAUUCAACAUGAAUCUUCAAUGGAUCUUCUCCAACAUCAUACAGUUCCUAGUAAAUCAACAUUUGAUACUAGCCGACAAAGUAAACAAUCGAACAAAAUGAAGAUGUUUAUAAAGACUGGGAAAUAUACGACAGAAUGUCUUACAAGAACCGAGUUCGUUACGAAUCGAUCAUGGAUGAAAUUAGCUAAAGGCCUUAAUUAUUACAAAUAUUUGAACAAACUUUUACUGAAGUUCUUCAUCCAAGAUUUUUAUGUUGUCCCAUUGAAAAUCAUGACCAUACUUAAGUCUAUGCUCAGUUAUACAGAACGUUUAACAGAACGGGUAGAAGUGUUAUGUCUAAUGUGA